UACCCCGAGUCAGCAGUCUCAGUCAGGCGAGGCGACAGCCGUCGGCUCGGCAGUAGUCAGACGGUUCUCGGUGCAGUUGUUGCCAGUGUGCCGAAGUUACGAAGCCGUCGCCGUGCUCGCCUAACACCGUUAACGAGUUAACGAGUACAAGGGAACGGACGCCAACUAGUUCCAGGAGGGCCACGAUGGUGCACGCGGAAUCCAAGGCCUACGAGUGUGAAGUGUGCGGCAAGACAUUUACGCAGAGCGGUAGCCUUCACAUUCACCAGCGGACCCACACUGGAGAAAAACCUUUCCACUGCGACGUGUGCGACAAGGAGUAUGCGAACAUCGGUUCGCUGACUACGCAUCUCCGCACACACACAGGAGAGAAGCCACACGAGUGCACAGUGUGCGGAAGGAAAUUCGCAGAAAUUGUACAAUUGAAGAGCCACUUACGCUGCCAUACAGGGGGGGAGAAGCCCUUUGAGUGCAGCGUGUGCAAUAAGAAAUUUAGAACGGGUGGAUGUUUGCGUACUCAUCUGCGGACUCACACAGGAGAGAAGCCCUUCGAGUGUAACGAGUGCAACAAGAAGUUUGUGACCGACGACUCUCUGGCUAAACAUCUCCGCACCCACACCGGAGAAAAGCCCUUGGAGUGCACCGAGUGCAGCAAGAGAUUCAGGCAAGAGUCGAGUCUUCGUAGUCAUCUCAAGGUGCACACCGGAGAGCGGCCAUUUGCGUGUACCUUGUGCAAAAGGAAAUUCGCGCGAGGGGAGCAGCUGAAAAGCCACCUUGUAACUCAUACGGGGGAAAGGCCCUUCGAAUGCACGGUCUGCGACAAGACGUUUGCGCGUUCUUCUGAUCUGCAGGUCCACCUUCGCGUGCACACCGGAGAACAGCACUACAAACACGAAUGCUCUGUAUGCAACAGGAAAUUUCAGACCACUAGUAAUCUUCGGAGGCACAUACGCACACACACGGGAGAGAAGCCCUUCGAGUGCGAUGAGUGCAAAAAGAGAUUUCCGGAUCGCUUUACUUUACACAAACAUCAGCAAACACACGCCCGAGAGAAGCCCUACGAGUGCACCGAGUGCGACAAGAAGUUUGUGGAGCCUACGUCUCUGGCACGUCACCUCAUCACCCACUCCGGAGACAGGCCCUUCGAGUGCACCGAGUGCCGCAAGAGAUUCAAGACAACGUCACAUCUCCGCUCACAUCUCCAGGUCCACACCAGAGAGAGGAAGUUCGAGUGCACGGAGUGCGACGUGAAGUGUUUGAACGCUAUCAGGCUGCGAGCUCAUCUCCGAACUCACAUGGGCGAGAAGCCUUUCGAGUGCGGCAUGUGCAACAAGAAGUUUUCACAGAGGGGUAAUAUGGCUGCUCACCUCCGCACCCACACCGAAGAAAGGCCCUUCGAGUGCACCGAGUGCCGCAAGAGAUUCAAGUCAAAGGAGUAUCUCCGCCUGCACCUCCUGGCCCACAUCGGAGAGAGGAAGUACGAGUGCACGGAGUGCGACAAGAAGUGUCUGCGCGCCGACGAUCUGCGGAGACAUCUGCGGACUCACACGGGAGAGAAGCCCUACGAGUGCGGCGUGUGCCACAAGGAGUUUACGCGCAAGAGUGGCGUGAGUCUGCACCUCCGCACCCACACGGGAGAGAGGCCGUACCAGUGCACCGAGUGCGGCAAGACAUUCGCGGACCUGAGCAACAUGAAGGCCCACCUCCGGAGGCAUUCAUUGUAGACACAACGGGCUAAGGUUCGGGGCGCGCUCUGUAUGUAUUUUAAGCAGUGUGUAUUAUACGAUUAAAUUGUAUUUCACAAAAAUUGAAUGAAUAAAUUUAUAAUUGAACUAA